AUGGGUCAAUCGCGACGUCCUGCCGGUGGUGAGAAGCGCAGUCGCGGCUUUGGCCGGUCCAAAGGAGAUGCCGACGUGGGCGACGGUCGAAAAGCCAGAGGAAAACCACAGGUCAAGAAGGCUGCCUUCGAGAGCACGAAGAAGAAGGAGAUUGGUGUCUCAGAUCUUACUCUGUUGAGCAAAGUGUCUAAUGAGGCGAUCAACGACAAUCUCAAAUUACGAUUUGAGAACAGAGAGAUUUAUACAUAUAUUGGCCAUGUCUUGGUCUCCGUCAACCCGUUCCGAGAUUUGGGUAUAUAUACCGACCAAGUGCUCGAUUCAUAUCGUGGCAAGAACCGACUCGAAGUCCCUCCGCACGUCUUCGCCGUCGCCGAAUCUGCAUACUAUAACAUGAAGGCUUACAAGGAUAAUCAAUGUGUCAUUAUCUCAGGAGAGUCCGGAGCCGGAAAGACGGAAGCCGCCAAACGACUGAUGCAGUAUAUCGCAAGUGUGUCAGGUGGUUCUGAUUCAUCUAUUCAGCAGACCAAAGAGAUGGUUCUAGCGACAAACCCUCUUUUGGAAUCAUUUGGUAAUGCAAAGACAUUGCGAAACAAUAACUCUUCGCGUUUCGGUAAAUAUUUGGAGUUGGAGUUUAAUGCUCAGGGUGAGCCGAUUGGAGCCACUAUCACAAAUUAUCUGUUGGAAAAGACGAGGGUGGUCGGACAGAUUACGAAUGAAAGAAACUUUCACAUUUUCUAUCAGCUUACAAAGGCUGCGCCCCAGGAGUAUAGAGAUAACUUCGGAAUCCAACAGCCCCAGUCGUAUCUUUACACGAGUCGCUCGAAAUGUUUCGAUGUGCAGGGCAUUGAUGAUGCUUCCGACUUCGCAGAGGUCAUUGAGGCCAUGCGAAUCAUUGGGUUAACACAGGGUGAAAAAGAUAACAUUUUCCGCAUGCUUGCUGCCAUCCUUUGGUUGGGUAACGUGCAAUUCACAGAAGAUGAUGAAUCCCACGCGACAAUCACCGAUCAAUCCACUGUCGAUUUCGUGGCAUAUCUUCUUGAAGUCGACUCAGCACAGGUCAACAAGGCCCUUACAAUUCGUGUCGUUGAGACUGCUCGCGGUGGUCGACGAGGCUCUAUAUAUGAGGUCCCGUUGAACAGAGUGCAAGCUAAUGCUGUGCGAGAUGCCUUGGCGAUGGCCAUUUAUUUCAAUCUCUUUGACUGGAUCGUCGACCGGUUGAAUCAAUCAUUAAAGGMAAAACAAGCCGUGACAAACUCAAUCGGAAUUCUUGAUAUUUACGGGUUCGAGAUCUUUGAAAAGAACUCUUUUGAACAAUUGUGCAUCAACUACGUGAACGAAAAACUACAACAAAUCUUCAUUCAAUUGACUCUGAAAGCCGAGCAGGAAGAGUACGCGCGGGAACAGAUUCAGUGGACGCCAAUCAAGUACUUCGAUAACAAGGUCGUCUGUUCUUUGAUCGAGGAUAAGCGACCCCCUGGUGUCUUUGCGGCGCUCAAUGACGCUUGCGCAACCGCACACGCCGAUUCGUCCGCAGCUGACCAGACAUUUGUUGGCCGUCUGAAUUUCCUGGGUCAGAAUCCCAACUUCGAAAAUCGACAAGGACAGUUUAUCAUCAAGCACUAUGCUGGUGAUGUCAGCUAUUCGGUGGAAGGGAUGACCGAUAAGAAUAAGGAUCAGCUGCUCAAGGAUCUACUCAAUCUGGUUGGAUCUUCAAGUAACGAUUUUGUGCAUGUUUUGUUCCCGAACCAAGUGAACCAGGACGACAAGCGACGUCCACCUACUGCCGGUGAUAAGAUCAAAGCUUCCGCAAACGACCUGGUAACUACGCUGAUGAAAUGCCAACCUUCUUAUAUUCGAACCAUUAAGCCUAAUGAGAACAAAUCGCCAAAUGAGUAUAAUGGUGCGAACGUGCUUCACCAGAUCAAGUAUCUCGGUCUACAAGAGAACGUUCGUAUUCGACGAGCCGGUUUUGCUUAUCGUCAGACGUUUGAUAAGUUUGUUGAGCGGUUCUAUUUAUUGUCAAAGCACACGUCGUACGCUGGUGAUUACACAUGGACGGGAGACGCGGAGUCUGGUGCCAAACAAAUCCUGAAGGACACCGGUAUUCCGGCUGAGGAAUAUCAGAUGGGUGUGACGAAGGCUUUCAUCAAAACUCCGGAAACUUUGUUUGCGCUCGAACAUAUGAGAGACCGCUACUGGCACAACAUGGCCAUUCGCAUCCAACGGGCAUGGCGCAACUACUUGCGGUACCGCAUUGAAUGUGCGAUCCGAAUCCAACGGUUCUGGCGUAGGGUGACUGGCGGCUUGGAAUUCAUCAAAGUGCGGGAUCAAGGUCACAAGCUGUUGCAGGGUAGGAAAGAACGUCGCCGUAUGAGUUUGCUUGGAUCUCGACGCUUCAUGGGUGAUUAUAUUGGCGUUGGAAAAAGCGGUGGUCCUGGCGAGAUUAUCCGCAGUAGCGCCGGCGUUAGUGCAUCUGACAAUAUUCUAUUUUCUUCGCGUUGCGAGCUUCUGGUGGCCAAAUUUGGUCGUUCCAGUAAGCCUAUGCCUCGUGUCCUUGUUUUGACUUCUCGCAAUAUCUAUAUCAUCGUUCAAGCGAUUGUCAACAACCAACUUUCCAUUUCAUCAGAGCGCACAAUUUCCCUCGGAGCUAUCAAGUAUAUUAGCACAACGAAUCUGAAGGACGACUGGUUCUCGAUAGUGGUUGGCUCCCAAGAACCCGAUCCGCUUCUAAACUGUGUUUUCAAGACUGAAUUCUUCACUCACCUGAAUACUGCUAUGAGGGGACAGUUGACCUUGAAGAUCGGGGAAUCAAUUGAAUAUAACAAGAAGCCUGGAAAACUGGCCACAGUCAAAGCUGUCAAGGACCCAGCUGUUCCUCGCGAUGAUGUGUACAAAAGUGGCAGCAUUCAUACAGGACCUGGCGAACCUCCUAGCUCAGUCUCUAAACCCACUCCACGACCCAAGCCAGUUGCUGCACGGCCAGUUACCAAGGGUAAACUCUUGCGCCCUGGUGGUCCCAAUGGUGGUCCUUCUAAGCUUAGUGGUAACCGACCGAACGGCACUACUCCACGACCUGUACCGACACCCCAAGCUCUUCCUGCGGCUACUCCCCAGCCAGCAGCCGCUCAACGUAUCGUACCUCAGCCAAUCGCAGCCGUUGCGGCCUCGCAUAAUCGUACAACAUCUCAGGCGUCUGUCCGUGCUCCUCCACCACCACCUCCGGCACCUCCCGCGGCGGCCCCAGCAGCUCCCAAGAAACCUUCCGCCAAGGUGUUGUACGAUUUCUCCAGUGACCGGCCUAACGAGCUUACAAUCCAUGCGGGAGAGAUCAUCCAGAUUGUCUCCAAGGAAGGAAAUGGAUGGUGGUUAUGCAUGAACACAACAACAUCCGCCCAAGGAUGGACACCAGAAGCCUACCUCGAAGAAAUUGCAAUCGUAGCAGCUAAACCCACCCCGCCACCUCCACCUCCUGUGGCGCCUAAAGCUGCUCCCAAUGGUAACGCGGCCGCAGCAGCAAAGGCCAAACCUGCACCUCCCGCACCUCCAGCAAAGAGACCCACUGCCGCUGGACGCAAGCCCCUGGCACCACCCACCCGUGACAGUGCUGUUAGCAUCAACUCACAGGAUUCCUCUGGAGGAGCUAGUGGUCGCGCGACGCCCAACAGUAGCUCAAAUGCUAGUUUGGCAGGAGGUCUAGCUGAGAUUCUGCGACAGCGACAAAGUGCUAUGCGUCCUUCGAAUGAGGAAGAGGAUGAUUGGUGA